GUUGUGCACCAAGUUUUCAAACCUCUAUCAGCUCGCUGGCAUGGCUGGUCGCUUGUAGAGUUAAACUAGAGCUAGCUGGCUAGCUAAACUAUGCGGAAACAUUAUUUCUAAAUAUGAAAUUUACAGAAAUUAUAUGGAUCUGUUUUGAGACUGACUCUGCGUGAAAUGGAUGGUAAAAUAAUCGGACCGGGACCUUACAGGGCUACGAAGCUGUGGAAUGAAACAAUCAGGCUGUUUCGUGGAGGAAUGCCUUUACGGCGACACAGGCUACAUUUCCGUAGUUAUGACAACAGCUUCACUGGCUCAGAGGCUAUUGAUUAUCUCCACGGGCUUCUGAAGCGGAACCACAAUUUUGGACCCGAAGUCACUCGCUACCAGACGCUUCAACUCUUGAGGAAAUUCAUGAGGAACCACGUAAUUGAGGACGUGAAAGGCCGUUUUGGCAAAGAGGAUUUUGAGGAUAAUGGACACUUGUACAGAUUUCCACCAGAAUCCCCCCUGAAACCAGUGCCCAAGAGGCCACGACAGACGGACAGCUUGGCCCUGCCCAGACUGCCCCGCUGGGAUGACUACGAGGAGGUCCUGCCACAGGGGAAUGUCCCCCUAAAGCCUCUCGUCCUGAAUUCAGAGACCUGGAAUAAGAGACACAGCAUAGCUAUUGGAGAGGUGCACGAAUGCAAGCUUAUACGAAGGAGAGAGAUCACUGCAAAACACCUGGACCAGAUCUGGAGGGCGAUGACUUUAGCUGAGUUACAGCGUGUGCUGGGGCUGCAGUCAUUGGAGGGUGUGUUGGACUCCAAGCAUGUCAAGCCCAAGCACAUCAUUCAUAACGUGUACUGUGUCAACAAGCAGGGCAUUGUGGUCCUAAAGAACAAAGCAGAUGACCUUCCACAUUGGGUGUUGUCUGCAAUGAAGUGCUUGGCAAACUGGCCCAAUGGCUGUGACAGCAGACAGCCCAUGUACCCUGGCUUUGAGAGGGACGUGUUCAGGACAGUGGCUGAGUACUUCCAGAGGCUGAAGGAUCCUCUCCUGACAUUCCAGCUCUAUGAUGUGUUUGUAAACAUUCUUGGCCUGCUCCAGAAGCAGCAGGUAGCGUCUGAGGCAGUGCAGAUGUGUUGUGUCCUGCUGCCCCCUGCCAACCGCCGCAAGCUGCAGCUCCUGCUGCGCCUCAUGACCCGCGUCUGCAACAACCCCACCCUCCCGCCGCUCAACGAUGCCAUAGCAACACGCACCCUGAUGGCUCAGACCUUCUCCCGUUGCAUCCUAUCCUCGUCUGAUGAGGUGGACCUAGACGAGCUGCUGGCCACCAAGCUGGUGACCUUUAUGAUGGACAACCAGGAAGUGGCGCUGCAGGUCCCCACCAGUCUUCAAAAGUCUGUGGAGGAGCAUGUUAGCCAGCUACGCAGAGUGCAGAUCAAGUAUGCUGGAGCAGACGCAGACAUGUCUGUGCUGUCGCCGAGAGGUCCGCCAACCUUCUGCCGGCAGAUCAGCCGUGAGGAGUUUGAGGAGCAGCGCGUCUCCGCCUCGCAGGACGCCAUGGUGGGGCUGCUGGAGGGCAUCGUUCAGGACGAGAACAUGUCCGUCAAGGACAAGAAGAAGAAGCUGAAGCAGUUCCAGAGGUCGUACCCUGAGAUCUACGUGCGCCGCUUCCCCACGGCGGACAGCGAGGCGGCCGUGUUCCCAGUGAAGCCCCCGAAGCUGAAGACCCAGCUGAUGUUCCGCACCCUGAAGAAGCCCUUCCAGCCCUUCCAGAGGAGCUGGAGCUACAGGGCCUGAGCCUCCAGCGGAUGAUCAUAGGAGCAGGUCACACUCCACGCCACACUCCAUGCCACGGCACGUCACAUAGGGCUGCAACUCAGAGGCAUCUACGACUAUCGUUAAAUGAUCAGCUACGACUAUCGUUAAAUGAUCAGCUACGACUAUCGUUAAAUGAUCAGCUACGACUAUCGUUAAAUUAUUAGACUACUACGACUAUUGUUAAGAGAGAUCAUGUCAUCAUUUUUAAGACUGUCUCUUUUAGUGAAGGUGGUCGGAUAGAGGACGGACACAGAAGAUGGCUGGCAUAACAGUGCUUUUGGGCAAAACAGCCAAGGGCUCUUGUCCAUUUCUGUGUUGACCCAUGCAUUGGUACAGCAUUGGUUAAAAAAGAUGCAGUGUGUAGUUUUGUUGACGACAAAUUCAUUGAUCUAGACCAGGGGUACUCAAUAGGCGGACCGCGGUCCUGAUCCGGACCCAGACGCAAUCAAAUUUGGACCGAAGCCAAAAUCAACAUUCUAAUUAAAUCAUGAUCCAAGCGAGUUUUCAUUGGUGCGAGUUUUCAUUGGUGCAUGAUUUCGCGCUGUAUAUUUUUUUCAGCCACACAACAAGAGCGUGCAUACCUCAUAUGAA